GCCCUCUGAUUGGUGGAUGCUGUACGUAGGCGUACGUAAGCCUUUCAGUCAUUUGGAUCAGAUCCGCUGGACGAGGAAGUAAAAAACGAGUCAGGAAGAAAUUGGCAAGACGUUAUUGGCGUGUGAAAUCAGCGGACUCUUCAACGUUUGUCUCCUUACUGUUACUUUAUCCUCAAAGCACGAUGGCACAAGCAGACAUUGCUCUCAUUGGUUUGGCUGUCAUGGGCCAGAAUCUCAUCAUGAACAUGAACGACCAUGGAUUUGUGGUCUGCGCUUACAACCGAACCGUGUCCAAAGUGCACGACUUCCUCCAGAACGAGGCUAAGGGCUCCAAAGUGGUGGGUGCCGAGUCCCUGGAGGAUAUGGUGUCCAAGCUGAAGAAGCCCAGGAGGAUCAUCCUGCUGGUCAAGGCUGGGCAGGCCGUGGACGACUUCAUCGACAAACUGGUUCCACUUCUGGAGGCCGGGGAUAUCAUCAUCGAUGGCGGCAACUCUGAAUACAGAGACACAACACGGCGGUGUAAGAGCCUGAAAGAGAAGGGCUUGCUGUUUGUCGGCAGCGGAGUGAGUGGCGGCGAGGAGGGCGCGCGAUAUGGACCGUCACUCAUGCCAGGUGGACACAAAGAGGCCUGGCCACACAUAAAAGACAUCUUCCAGAGCAUCGCUGCUAAGGUGGGAACAGGAGAGCCCUGCUGUGACUGGGUCGGAGACGAGGGGGCAGGGCAUUUUGUGAAAAUGGUCCACAACGGCAUCGAGUAUGGAGACAUGCAGCUGAUCUGUGAGGUCUAUCACCUGAUGAAGGACGUUCUGGGCAUGGACCACGACGAGAUGGCUCAGGCUUUCGACAAAUGGAACAAGACGGAGCUGGACUCCUUCCUGAUUGAGAUCACGGCCAACAUCCUGAAGUACAGGGACAGCGACGGGGCGCAUCUGCUGCCCAAGAUCCGGGACAGCGCCGGGCAGAAGGGCACGGGGAAGUGGACGGCCAUUUCAGCCCUGGAGUACGGCACACCUGUGACUCUGAUCGGGGAGGCUGUCUUUGCCAGAUGUCUGUCCUCUCUGAAGGAUGAGCGAGUGGAAGCCAGCCGCAGCCUCUCAGGGCCCCAGGGGGUCAAAUUCAGUGGGGACAAGGCUACUUUCCUGGAAGAUAUUAGAAAGGCCCUCUACGCCUCCAAGAUUAUUUCCUACGCGCAGGGCUUCAUGCUGCUGCGGCAGGCGGCCAACGAGUUCAGCUGGUCUCUAAACUACGGCGCCAUCGCGCUGAUGUGGAGAGGAGGCUGCAUCAUCCGGAGUGUGUUCCUGGGAAAAAUCAAAGAGGCUUUUGACAGGGACUCCGACCUGCAGAACUUGUUGCUGGACAAUUUCUUCAGUAACGCCGUGCAGGACUGUCAGGAGUCAUGGCGCAGAACAGUGAGCACUGGCGUCCAGCACGGCAUCCCCAUGCCCUGCUUCACCACAGCUCUGUCCUUCUACGACGGCUACCGGCACGAGAAGCUGCCCGCCAACCUGCUGCAGGCCCAGAGAGACUACUUUGGAGCCCACACAUAUGAGCUGCUGUCCAACCCCGGGCAGUUCAUCCACACCAACUGGACAGGCCACGGCGGGAACGUCUCCUCCUCCUCCUACAACGCUUAAGGAUGAUCUCCACCUCAGUGAAACCCACAAAAGAGAGUGAAGGCUGAGGAUGAGGGAACUCCUCCUGUGAGAGGAGGCGUUACACAUUCCACCUUCAUAACCACCCUAUCCACCCCAAAAAACACUUUCAUCCAUGUUUUUCUUUUUUUUUUACUCUUUUCAGAGACUCGAUGUAGUUUUAUUUAUCUUGGAAUCAUAGAUAACCUGUGUUGAGCAUCUCUCCUGUGCUCUGAUGUAACAACAGUCACAGGAGGAGUGAAAAUGUGGCGUCUGGCCACUGUUCACCUGUCAUGCUGGGCCCAGGGUUCACGGUGUUAACACUGGAUUAAGGUGAACUGUUGCACAGUACUGUAAUAGGCUAAAUAAAGAUUUCAAUCCCUUUAUAAUUAGCUUGCAUGGUCCUUGCUCUCUGGAAGCUGUAAACAAGAUUGAGGUAUGUUUGUGCGUACCACUAAAUUAGGAAACAAAUAUGAUGUAAAGGCUUCAUAAAACACACUGACUGUCAGCUUACUCAGUAAGCUGUUUUCCGAAUUACCACCUCACUGUUAAAGGAUUUAAACAUGAGUCAUA